AUGACCAUCCAAGUACACCAUGGUCCAAGUGGCGCCUUGGAGUGCCCCGAUGGUUCAGAGGCUCUUUGUCUUGAUAGACUGGCGCACUCCCAUCAACCACCCUCACCCGCGCCAUCAAACGCGCUUGCCAUCCCUUCUCUACAAAUUCUCAGGUUAUCGAUGCUCCCUGGCGGAGCUCCUGGGGCGGCUAUGCCUACCCGCGCCGAGAUCCUCGCUGCUCUUGCGAGUUUGCAGGCGCAGCAGCAGGCCGCUGCCGGGCCAAACCACGUCAGCGUCAUCCUAUCACCGGCUGAGUUGGAGCGCUAUGGCCACCAGGCAGCCCGAAUGUUCCGCCGUCGCCGUGAACUCGUUGCAGUGGAUGCUGCUCGCGCCCAAGCGAUGGGGUACGACCCGGUCCCGGACCUCAUCGGAACCGAUAUGUUAAGUGCAACACGACACGCCUCUGCCCUUGAGCAGUACGGUGCUGAAGGCUGCCUGAGGCGCUGGCCACCGUGCGAAGAGUGCAUUGAAAAUGGGUGCAACGCCUGCUACUCGGACCUCUCGUCCACCAGCAAGAAGUGCUGUGGCUGCCGCUGCCGCCGGGGUCAUCACGUCUGCUCGCUUUCCCGCCCCGCCCAGCACUAA